UGAUCCAACCUUUGCCCCCUUCCUGCAAUUGAAAGCAUUCACAGUUUUGAGGUGGCUCCCACUGGCUGAUUUGCUGUGGAGUUUUCAAGAGCAUAGAAUUAUUCUUUACACUAUCAAAAGAAGAUGCUGUUUAAUUUGAGGAUCCUGUUGAACAAUGCUGCUCUUAGAAAUGGUCACAAUUUUGUGGUACGAAAUUUUCGGUGUGGACAACCACUACAAAAUGAAAUACAGUUGAAGGGUCGUGACCUUCUUACUCUAAAGAACUUCACAGGAGAAGAAAUCAAGUACAUGCUGUGGCUAUCAGCAGAUCUGAAAUUUAGGAUCAAACAGAAAGGAGAAUAUUUGCCUUUAUUGCAAGGGAAAUCCUUAGGCAUGAUUUUUGAGAAAAGAAGUACUCGAACAAGAUUGUCCACAGAAACAGGUUUUGCACUUUUGGGAGGACACCCUUGUUUUCUUACUACACAAGAUAUUCACUUGGGUGUGAAUGAAAGUCUCACAGACACAGCUCGUGUGUUAUCUAGCAUGACAGAUGCAGUGUUGGCUCGAGUGUAUAAACAAUCAGAUCUGGACAUCCUGGCUAGAGAAGCAUCCAUCCCAAUUGUCAAUGGACUAUCAGAUUUGUAUCAUCCUAUCCAGAUCCUGGCUGACUACCUCACACUCCAGGAACACUAUGGCUCUCUCAAAGGUCUUACCCUCAGCUGGAUAGGUGAUGGGAACAACAUCUUGCACUCCAUCAUGAUGAGUGCAGCGAAAUUCGGGAUGCACCUUCAGGCGGCCACUCCAAAGGGUUAUGAGCCAGAUCCUACUAUAACCAAGUUGGCAGAGCAGUAUGCCAAGGAGAAUGGUACCAACCUGUCAUUGACGAAUGAUCCAUUGGAAGCGGCACAUGGAGGCAAUGUAUUAAUUACAGACACUUGGAUAAGCAUGGGACAAGAAGAGGAGAAGAAAAAGCGGCUCCAGGCCUUCCGAGGUUACCAGGUUACAAUGAAGACUGCCAAAGUUGCUGCCUCUGAUUGGACAUUUUUACACUGCUUGCCCAGAAAGCCAGAAGAAGUGGAUGAUGAAGUCUUUUAUUCUCCACGGUCACUAGUGUUCCCAGAGGCAGAAAACAGAAAGUGGACAAUCAUGGCUGUCAUGGUAUCCCUGCUGACAGAUUACUCACCUAAGUGCCAGAAGCCAAAGUUCUGAUUCUGUGUUGCAUGCCAAGAGAAAACGUUCUUCAGUAACAACAGGAUGAGUCUGUUUAUGGGGGGAAAAGAAGAGAAUCUAAGAUAUAAACAAAUCCCUAGUACAUGGUAUGGGUGAACUCUAUGAUAUUGCUUUUUCAUUGUGAGACCUUUCUAAAACCCUUAAUUUAAGUGCUGAGGCACUGUAAUACCCUGCUUGACUUGGUUUAUACUCCCUAAUUCACAAUUUCUGAGUUGCAUUUGGGUAUCAUAUUAAUCAUCGUGUACAUUUGCUUCAACUAAACAUAAAAUAUCAUGUUCAUCAUGCAUAAUCUCUAAGCCAUUAAAUGUAAUCUAUGCUUAUUACCUUAAUAAAUGAUAACCCAUGCUAAUUUAUAAGUAAACAUUUACCAGGCAGUCAGCUGCUGGUAGAUCUGUGAGCUGUGUUCAUGUCCCCCAGGACCAAGGAGGAAGCCAAAUGAUAUAUCUUGCAGAUGUGGUAGUUUUCAGGCCAAUGAGAAAGACAGGCAGUCAGAGACAAAUCAUGAAACUCGUGGAAAAUAGCUAUUACUGUGUCUAAACUGGAGCUUGUUUCUAAACAUUUGUGGGAAAGGACAGGGGUCCUUCAAGAGUAUGCACUUCUUCUCUGUAAUGAAUACUUAUUGUCAUAAGCCAAAUGAAGCCUUUUCUAGCAAGUGGAAAAAUCAUGGCUACCUAGCCAGGAAGACAAGAUCCACUAGAAAGGGAAAUUUUCUUAGAUUCAUAUUUUCCAGCAAGAGCAAUCCAAUUUUUUUUUCACAUCAGCACUUAUUGUGCAUCUAUUCACAUCACAGGCUGGUAAUUUCCAUAAAUCUACUACUUGCCACAUUUCUGUCAGUGUUUUUCCUCUAAUAUUUCUUCGGGAUAAUCAAAACUUGCAUGAUUGAAUUAUCAUAAUGUAAUUAAAAGUAGAUUUCUCUUACCGGUGACCAAGA